AUUCCAAAUGACCGAUUCGCUCUGGGUUAUAGUAUAUUGAGCGGAAUUUGUUUACCAAUAUACUUAAUAUCAUUUUUCUUAAAUAGUGUAUUGCUAUUAUUUGUGUCAGUAAAUUCAAAUUGUGUGCAUGAAAUGAGAAUUCGUAUUUAAAACACAACACAACUCGUAAGCGAUAUAUUGCAAACGAGAAUAACUCAAAAUGGAUCCUUUAAUACCAAAAGAAGUAACAAUCCUUGAGACAGCAGAGGAUAUUCAAAAUCGUCGUUUACAAGUAUUGGGUCGAUAUAGUGAAUUUAAAGCUGAAGCACGUUUGAAAAGGGAAAAGCUUGAAGACUCUAGAAGAUUCCAGUAUUUCAAACGUGAUGCUGAUGAGUUGGAAUCAUGGAUACUUGAAAAAACCCAAGCUGCAUCUGAUGAAAGUUAUAAAGAUCCUACAAAUUUACAGGCUAAAAUUCAAAAACAUCAAGCAUUUGAAGCUGAAGUAGCAGCUCAUAGCAAUGCUAUUGUUGUCUUAGAUAAUACCGGAAUGGGAAUGAUUAAUCAAAACCAUUUUGCUUCAUCUGAAAUUCAACAGAGACUUGAACAAUUACAUAAGGAUUGGGAUUUAUUAUUGUCAAAACUAGCUGAAAAAGGGGUGAAAUUACAACAAGCACUUGUUUUAGUUCAAUUUUUGAGACAAUGUGAUGAGGUUAUGUUUUGGAUUAAUGACAAGGAAACCUUUGUAACUACGGAUGAAUUUGGUGCUGAUUUAGAACAUGUAGAAGUUUUACAACGUAAAUUUGAUGAAUUUCAAAAAGAUAUGACAUCACAAGAAUAUCGUGUAACUGAAGUCAAUGAUUUAGCAUCUAAAUUAGUAUUAGAAGGUCAUCCUGAAAGAGAAACUAUUCUUAAGAAGAAAGAGGAAUUAAACGAAUCAUGGACAAGACUCAAACAACUAACACUUAUGAGACAAGAACGGUUAUUUGGGGCCCAUGAAAUUCAAAGAUUUAAUCGUGAUGCAGAUGAAACAGUUGCUUGGAUAUCUGAAAAAGAUGGUAUUUUAUCUUCUGAAGAUUAUGGCAGAGAUUUAGCUAGUGUUCAAACACUUCAGAGAAAACACGAAGGAGUUGAAAGAGAUUUAGCAGCUUUAGAAGAUAAAGUAUCAAUAUUAGGACAAGAGGCAGAUCGUUUAUGUGGAAUUCAUGCUGACCAUAGUACACAAAUACAUAACAAAAGGGGAGAAAUUGUUGCUUACUGGGAACAACUUACUGCUAAAGCUAAAGAGCGAAAACAAAAAUUAGAUGAAUCUUACUUACUCCAAAGGUUUUUAGCUGAUUAUCGUGAUUUAACUUCUUGGAUCAAUGACAUGAAAGCAAUAAUAUAUGCAGAUGAAUUAGCUAAAGACGUUGCUGGUGCUGAAGCUUUAUUAGAAAGACAUCAAGAACAUAAAGGAGAAAUUGAUGCCCGAGAAGAUAGUUUUCGAAUGGCAAUGGAGUCUGGUGAACAUAUUUUGAAAGGAGAAAAUAUUUCUUCUACAGUGAGUGAAAAUUUAAAUAAUUUAGCCAGUGAAAAAAAUUCAUUACUAGCUUUAUGGGAAGAACGUCGUAUAUUAUAUGAACAAUGUAUGGACUUACAAUUAUUCUACCGUGACACUGAACAAGCUGAUACAUGGAUGGCCAAGCAAGAGGCAUUUUUAUCCAAUGAAGAUUUGGGUGACUCAUUAGACAGUGUUGAAGCUUUAAUUAAAAAACACGAAGAUUUUGAAAAAUCUUUAGCAGCUCAAGAAGAAAAAAUUAAAGCUCUUGAUGAGUUUGCUACUAAAUUGAUUGAAGAACAACAUUAUGCCACAGAAGAUGUUGCACAGCGACGAGAAUCAUUAUUAGAAAGACGUACUGCUUUACUUGAAAAAUCUUCUCAAAGACGUAGUGUUUUAGAAGAUUCAUACAGACUUCAACAAUUUGAAAGAGAUUGUGAUGAAACUAAAGGAUGGAUCAAUGAAAAACUUAAAUUUGCUAAUGAUGAUAGCUACCUUGAUCCAACUAACCUUAAUGGUAAAGUACAGAAACAUCAAAAUUUUGAACAAGAAUUAAAUGCUAAUAAAUCACGCAUGGAAGAAAUAACCUCUACUGGUCAUGAGCUCAUUGAGUCAAAACACUAUGCUUUAAAUCGUAUUCAAACAAAAAUGGAUGAAAUUGUUCAUCUUUGGGAAAAUUUAGUGACUGCCUCUGGUCAAAAAGGCUCAAAGUUACGUGAAGCAGCGCAACAGCAACAAUUUAAUCGUACUGUGGAAGAUAUUGAACUAUGGUUGUCUGAAGUUGAAGGGCAAUUACACAGUGAAGAUUAUGGAAAAGAUCUAACUAGUGUUCAAAAUCUUCAAAAAAAACAUACUUUGUUAGAAGCUGAUGUAGCAUCACAUCAAGAUAGAAUUGAAGGUGUCAAAAUUACAGCAGAUCAGUUUGUUGAUUCAGGUCACUUUGAUGCUAAUAAUAUACGUGCUAAGCAGGGGGCUUUAUGUGAUCGUUAUUCAUCAUUGAAACAUCCAAUGGAAACACGAAGACAGCGUUUGGCUGAUUCAUUGCUUGCACAACAAUUAUUUAGAGAUAUUGAAGAUGAAGAAGCUUGGAUUCGUGAAAAAGAACCAGUUGCUGCUUCAACUAAUAGAGGUCGAGACUUAAUUGGUGUUCAAAAUUUAAUGAAAAAACAUCAAGCUGUUGUAGCUGAAAUUAAUAACCAUGAAUCUCGAAUAGUAAGCGUAACACAAGCUGGUCAAGAAAUGAUAGAUGGUAAACACUUUGCAUCUGAAGAUAUUAAACAACGCUUAGCUCAUCUUAAUAAACAUUGGAAUCAUCUUAAAGAAAAAGCCUUACAGCGUAAACAAGACUUAGAAGAUUCUCUUCAAGCGCAUCAGUACUUUGCUGACGCUAAUGAAGCAGAAUCUUGGGUUAAAGAAAAAGAACCAAUGGUUCUAAGUCAAGAUUAUGGAAGAGAUGAAGACUCUUCUGAAGCAUUGUUAAAAAAACAUGAAGCAUUAUUGUCUGAUUUAGAAGCAUUUAAGACAACAGUUGAAUCACUUUCUGAACAAGCUGCUGCUUGCAGGCAACAAGAAACGCCUGUUGUUGAUGUAAGUGGAAAAGAAUGUGUUAUGGCUCUAUUUGAUUAUACUGAAAAAUCUCCAAGAGAAGUUUCAAUGAAAAAAGGAGAUGUUUUGAUUCUAUUAAAUUCUAAUAACAAAGAAUGGUGGAAAGUAGAAGUAAAUGAUCGUCAAGGAUUUGUGCCUGCUCCAUAUGUUAAACGUCUUGAAGUAUCUGGUUUAAGUGCAUCUCAGCAACAUUUAGCUACUGGUGGAUCAAUUGCUGCUAGACAAGCACAAAUUGAAGCCCAGUAUAAUAGAUUACUGAAUUUGGCUAAAGAACGUCAAACUAAACUUGCUGAAACUGUUAAAGCGUAUGUAUUGGUGAGAGAAGCUGCUGAGUUAGCAACUUGGAUUAAAGACAAGGAAAACCAUGCACAAGUUCAAGAUGUCGGAGAAGAUUUAGAACAAGUGGAAGUAAUGCAAAAGAAAUUUGAUGAUUUCCAAUCAGAUUUAAAAGCCAAUGAAGUACGUUUAGCGGAAAUGAACGAAAUAGCCAUGCAAUUGAUGAGUUUAGGUCAAACAGAAGCAGCAUUAAAAAUCAAUACUCAAAUUCAGGACUUGAAUGAAAAAUGGACAUCACUUCAACAACUUACUCAAGCCCGAGCUACACAAUUAGGUUCAGCUCACGAAGUACAAAGAUUCCAUAGAGAUGUUGAUGAAACUCGUGAUUGGAUUCGAGAAAAAGAUGACGCUCUUAAUAAUGAUGAUCUUGGAAAAGAUUUAAGAAGUGUACAAGCUUUGCAACGUAAACACGAAGGCCUUGAACGAGAUUUAGCUGCUUUACAAGAUAAGAUUCGCCAAUUAGAUGAAACUGCUAACCGUUUAAUGAACACUCAUCCUGAAUCUCGAGAUAAUACUUACAUGAAACAAAAAGAAAUAAAUGAAGAAUGGACACAACUAACUGUAAAAGCUAAUUCAAGAAAAGAAAAACUUUUGGACUCUUAUGAUUUACAAAGAUUUUUGGCUGAUUAUCGUGACUUAAUGUCAUGGAUUAAUUCAAUGAUGGGAUUAGUUUCCAGCGAUGAACUAGCUUCAGAUGUUACAGGUGCUGAAGCAUUAUUAGAACGUCAUCAGAGUUUGAGAGCAGAAAUAGACUAUCGUUAUGGUAUAGCUCAGGAACAUCGCACAGAAAUUGAUGCACGUACUGGUACAUUUCAAACAUUUGAGAUGUUUGGUCAACAGUUACUUCAAUCUCAACAUUAUGCUAGUGUAGAAAUCCAAGAAAAACUUGAAAGCAUGACUGAAGCAAGACAAGAGUUAGAAGAAGCAUGGAUUAACCGUCGUAUGAAGUUAGAUCAGUGUUUGGAACUGCAAUUGUUCUAUAGAGAUUGUGAACAAGCUGAAAAUUGGAUGUCAGCUCGUGAAGCUUUUCUUGCUUCAGAGGAAGUUGAUUCAAAAGGAGAUAAUGUCGAGGCUUUAAUUAAAAAACAUGAAGAUUUUGAUAAAGCUAUUAAUGCCCAUGAAGAGAAAAUUGCUGCAUUACAAACAUUAGCAGAUCAACUUAUGGCUGCACAGCACUAUGCUGCUACUCCAAUUGAUGAAAAAAGACAACAAGUAUUAAAUAGAUGGCGUCAUUUGAAAGAAGCUUUAAUUGAAAAGAGAUCUAAACUUGGAGAAUCACAAACAUUACAACAAUUCAGUAGAGAUGCAGAUGAAAUUGAAAAUUGGAUAGCUGAGAAACUUCAAUUGGCAACUGAAGAAAGUUACAAAGAUCCUGCAAACAUUCAAUCUAAACAUCAAAAGCACCAAGCAUUUGAAGCAGAGUUAGCUGCUAAUGCUGAUCGUAUUCAAAGUGUAUUAGGUAUGGGACAAAAUUUAAUUGAUAAACAUCAAUGUGCUGGAUCUGAAGAAGCUGUCCAGUCAAGAUUAGGCUCUAUUGCUGAUCAAUGGGAAUACUUAACUCAAAAAACUACUGAAAAAUCUUUAAAAUUAAAAGAAGCAAAUAAACAACGUACUUACAUUGCAGCUGUUAAGGACUUGGACUUCUGGCUUGGUGAAGUCGAAUCUCUUUUAACUUCAGAAGAUUCUGGAAAAGAUUUGGCAUCUGUUCAAAAUUUAAUUAAAAAGCAUCAACUUGUUGAAGCUGAUAUCCAAGCUCAUGAAGACCGCAUAAGAGAUAUGAAUGGACAAGCUGACUCUCUAAUUGAAAGUGGACAAUUUGAAACUGGAAGUAUUCAAGAACGGCGUAGUUCUAUUAAUGAAAGGUAUGAGCGUAUUAGGAAUUUAGCUGCCCAUCGACAAGCUCGUUUAAAUGAAGCUAAUACUCUACAUCAGUUCUUCAGAGACAUUGCUGAUGAAGAAUCUUGGAUAAAAGAAAAAAAACUACUAGUUGGCUCUGAUGAUUAUGGUCGAGAUUUAACAGGUGUUCAAAAUUUAAAAAAGAAACACAAACGACUUGAAGCAGAAUUGGCAUCACAUGAACCAGCUAUUCAGUCAGUUCAAGAAGCUGGUGAAAAGUUAAUGGAUGUUUCUAAUUUAGGUGUUCCUGAGAUAGAGCAACGAUUAAAAUUACUUAACCAAGCUUGGGAUGAAUUGAAACAAAUGGCCUCAACAAGAGGCAAAAAAUUAGAUGAAUCAUUAACAUACCAACAAUUUUUAGCUAAAGUUGAAGAAGAGGAAGCAUGGAUUAGCGAAAAACACCAAUUAUUAUCAGUUGAAGAUUUUGGUGAUACUAUGGCAGCAGUUCAAGGGCUUUUGAAAAAGCAUGAUGCUUUUGAAACUGACUUUGCUGUUCAUCGUGAUAGAUGUGAAGAAAUCAGCCAUGGCGGUAUGGAUCUUGCUGAUUCCAAGAAUCAUCAUGCAGAUAGUAUUAUGCAGCGUUGCCAACAACUUCAAAUAAAGUUGGACAAUUUAUCUGCUUUGGCUGCUAAACGAAAAUCCAAGCUAAUGGAUAAUUCAGCUUAUUUGCAAUUCAUGUGGAAAGCUGAUGUAGUAGAGUCAUGGAUUGCUGAUAAAGAAACUCAUGUACGGUCCGAAGAGUAUGGUAGAGAUUUGUCCACAGUUCAAACAUUAUUGACUAAACAAGAAACAUUUGAUGCAGGCCUUCAUGCAUUUGAACAUGAGGGAAUACAGAACAUUACUUCUCUUAAAGAUCAAUUAAUUGCUGCUAAUCAUGAUCAAUCUGAAGCAAUAUUAAAAAGACAUGCUGAUGUAAUUGCUAGAUGGCAAAAACUGUUGGGCGAUUCAGAUGGUAGAAAACAACAGUUGUUACGUAUGCAAAAUCAAUUCCGCCAAAUUGAAGAACUCUAUUUAACAUUUGCAAAGAAAGCAUCUGCAUUCAAUUCAUGGUUUGAAAAUGCUGAAGAAGAUUUGACAGAUCCAGUUCGCUGCAAUUCUAUUGAAGAAAUAAAGGCUUUACGAGAAGCUCAUGCACAAUUCCAAGCUUCUUUGACAUCAGCUCAAGCAGAUUUUGAAGCUUUAGCUGCUUUAGACCAUCAAAUCAAAAGUUUUAAUGUGGGUCCUAAUCCAUAUACAUGGUUUACAAUGGAAGCUUUAGAAGAUACAUGGCGUAAUUUACAAAAAAUCAUUAAAGAACGAGAUAUUGAAUUGACUAAAGAAGCCCAAAGACAAGAUGAAAAUGAUACAUUAAGAAAAGAAUUUGCAAAACAUGCUAACACAUUCCACCAAUGGCUUACUGAAACUAGAACAUCAAUGAUGGAAGGAUCUGGAUCUUUAGAGCAACAACUGGAAGCUAUCAAACGAAAAGCUACUGAAGUUCGAUCACGUCGAUCAGAUUUGAAAAAAAUUGAAGACCUUGGUGCUAUUCUUGAAGAACACUUGAUUUUAGAUAAUAGAUAUACUGAACAUAGCACUGUAGGUCUAGCACAGCAAUGGGAUCAAUUAGAUCAAUUGGGUAUGCGAAUGCAACAUAACCUUGAACAGCAAAUUCAGGCAAGGAACCAAUCGGGAGUCAGUGAGGAUGCCUUGAAAGAAUUUUCAAUGAUGUUUAAACACUUUGAUAAAGAUCGUUCUGGUAGAUUAAACAAGACUGAAUUUAAGUCUUGUCUAAGGGCUUUAGGUUAUGAUUUACCUAUGGUAGAAGAAGGACAACCAGACCCAGAAUUUGAAGCUAUUUUAGAUGUUGUUGACCCUAAUCGUGAUGGCUAUGUAUCACUGCAAGAAUAUAUGGCAUUUAUGAUCAGUAAAGAAACAGAAAAUGUACAAAGUUCAGAAGAAAUUGAAAAUGCAUUUAGAGCUAUCACAGCGGGUGAUCGACCAUAUGUCACAAAAGAAGAGUUAUAUGCUAAUCUUACUAAAGACAUGGCCGAUUAUUGUGUAAACCGUAUGAAACCAUAUGUUGAUUCUAAAACUGAACGACCAAUUACUGGGGCACUAGAUUAUAUUGAAUUCACUAAAACACUUUUCCAAAACUAAAUAUUUUUAGUAUAUUAAGCACACAGCUACUAAAAGAGUUCUAUAUUAUGAUAAAUAUAUUUACCUAACUAUUUUUUAGCUUAAGAUAUUAUAAAUUAUUGUUUUACUUGCAAUAUAAAUGAAACUUUUAUAUUAUAAACAUUACAUAGAUGAAACUAUUUUAUUAUUGUGAGUGUUAAAAACUUUAACUAAAAUGAAUUUUUUAUUUUAAUUUUUCGAAAUUCGUUUUUGAUUUUUAUUAAAACUACUUCAUUAAUAACAUAUGUAAUUCUAUUAUUUGUUUUUUAUUUUUAUUUUUAUUUUUAUUUAGAAAAUUAGUGUAAACAAAGAGAAUGAUAAUAUAUUUAUUUAUUUGCUUUUGCUUGUGAAUUUUAACCAUCGAUGCUUUUAUUAUUUUCAUAAUAAAGUCACUUGAAUUUUAA